AUAAUUGGUUCAUAUGUUUUUCUCGAAAGUUUAGUUCCUUGUGGUGAGUCUACAACUGCGAGCAUUCGGAACUCAGAGCGACUUGGUAAACGUUCAACGGUCGUGGACAAAGUUUUCAUAGCCUAAAAAGUGCGACAACAUGACUGCGGAGAUGCAGAGCCCGUUCCUGUCCGGUGGACCGACCCGCCGGGACCGUCUCCCCGUGUUGGUCGGGCCGCUGGUCGGCGUCCUGGCCGCCCUGGUGUGCGGGAUCAGCGUGCUGACGGGGGUGGUGGUGGUGCACAACAUGCAGCAGGACCUUACAGGUGUGAAGCGGGAGUUAUCAGUCCUGCAGACCGAGAACACCGGACUGAGGGAGCGGCUGGUGGCGGUGGAGAACCUGCUGGAUAAAUAUUUACAACAGGAAGGUGAAGGUUUGGGUGUGGAGGUCAUCAGUACGAGUCAGGAUGACGCGGUGCGAGUCAAGAGACAAGCAAUCAGCUCUUCCGGGCUGUUCGACCGCUGCGCUCAAGGUCCCCCUGGGCGAGACGGACGGGAUGGGCCAGCCGGGCAGCCUGGACGGGACGGACAGCCCGGGACAGUGGGACAACCCGGGACGGACGGACAGCCCGGGACGGACGGACAGCCCGGGACGGACGGACAACCCGGGCGGGACGGACGGGAUGGCAUUCAAGCUGUGGCUGGACCGGCGGGACCUGUCGGCUUACAGGGUCCAGCCGGGGACAGAGGAGACACAGGACCGCCGGGAAGAGACGGGGCACCAGGCGCAGGUGUGGCAGGAGGUACACAUUACACAGAGACAGGCGGUGGGACCAACUACCAGUGUCUGCCGACCGACCCACAGUGGGGACGGUACCUAGAUGGAGUCCAGGGGAUCAAGGCUUACAUGUACGGCGCUGAGUACGAGUUGAACACAAACGUUCCGUUCGGCUCCACCCUUUUCAAUAACGACGUCCCGUGUGCGGUCUGCUACGUCCCAACCCGCGGCAGUAAGUUAAUGAUCCCCGCCCGUAACACCUGUUAUAGCGGCUGGACCCGCGAGUACCAUGGUUACCUCAUGGCUGGAAAAUACAACCACCCCGGGUCUAAAGAGUACGUCUGUGUGGAUGAACAGCCAGAGGUGAUACAGGGCGGUGACUACGACCGGAACGGAGCGCUGUUCUACCCCGUGGAAGCCCGCUGUGGGUCCCUGCCGUGUCCCCGCUACGUGGAAGGGAGGGAACUCACCUGUGUCGUCUGCACAAAGUAGACCAUUGUUACUGUACUUAGCCAAGGACGUUCCUUGACUUAGCGUAGUGAGUAUUCUUUGUACAAUGAAGGUCUUUAUUUCAUUAAUGACACGUCUAUUCUGUGAAUUAGUAAGAAGUUUAUUGAAAAUUCGUGCCCGUGGGCUAAUUGCAAAUUACAAACAUAAAAGAACAAUGAAACAGAGUAUAAAAUAAUUAAAAUCUACAUGUUAAAAUGUAGUUGUCUAGAGCUAUAGCUAUGUCUAAGACUAUAUCUAAGGCGUUUGACUUCUCCUUUUUAGACCAUGGCAGACGUAAUGUCUCACCUUUUCCAAAAUUCGUGGGUUUUGGGAAGUUAAAAGAAGAAUGUUUUUUCUUUGUCUGUAAGUUUAGUAAAA